GCCGGGAUGUACAACAACAUGAGCAUCACCGUCUCCAUGGCCGGCAACGGAGCCCGGCACCGGCAUUCCCGGCUCCGGCGGCGUCAUUCCCGGCUCGGGGGUGGAAUUCCGGCUCCGGAGGAGGAAUUCCCGGUUCUGGCGGCGUUCCCGGCGGUUCCGGCGGCAUUCCCGGCAUGGGCGCCAUGGGCGGCGGCAUUGCCAUGAACCCCGUCAUGGCCGGCAUCAACUCCAUGUGCUCGGAGCAGGUGUCGGAGCCGGGGCUGCGCCCCCCGGGUCUGUUCUGUGCCCAGCUGGGCCCUGCGGAGCUGCUCAAGGCCGAGCCCGACGGCGCCCAGGUGCAGCAGGUUCAGGUGUUUGCGGACGUGCAGUGCACCGUCAACCUGGUGGGGGAGCCCUACCUGGGCCCCGCCCCCCCCGGCCCCGGGGGGACCCCCAAAAACCCCGCGGGGACCCCCCAGAACCCGGCGGGGCCCGGCAAGAGCCUCCUGCAGCAACUCCUGACAGAAUGAACCCCAAAAUCCCCGAAAUUCACCCCAAAAACCCCGCGGGGACCCCCCAGAACCCGGCGGGGCCCGGCAAGAGCCUCCUGCAGCAACUCCUGACAGAAUGAACCCCCAAAAUCCCCAAAAUUCACCCCAAAAUUCACCCCAAAACUCACCCCAAACCCAGCAGGGCCCGGCAAGAGCCUCCUGCAGCAGCUCCUGACAGAGUGACCCCAAAAUCCCCGAAAUUCACCCCAAAAACCCCGCGGGGACCCCCCAGAACCCGGCGGGGCCCGGCAAGAGCCUCCUGCAGCAACUGCUGACAGAGUGAACCCCAAAAUCCACGAAACUCACCCCAAAAUUCACCCCCAGAACCCGGCGGGGCCCGGCAAGAGCCUCCUGCAGCAGCUCCUGACGGAAUGAACCCCAAAAUCCCCGAAAUUCACCCCAAAAUUCACCCCCAGAACCUGGCGGGGCCCGGCAAGAGCCUCCUGCAGCAGCUCCUGACGGAAUGAACCCCAAAAUCCCCGAAAUUCACCCCAAAAUUCACCCCAAAAACCCAGCAGGGCCUGGCAAGAGCCUCCUGCAGCAACUCCUGACGGAAUGAACCCCAAAAUCCCCAAAAUUCACCCCAAAAUUCACCCAAAAACCCCAAAAUUCACCCCAAAAUUCACCAAAAACCCCAAAAUUCACCCCAAAAUUCACCCCAAACCCAGCAGGGCCCGGCAAGAGCCUCCUGCAGCAGCUGCUCACGGAAUGAACCCCAAAAUCCCCGAAACUCACCCCAAAAUUCACCCCAAACCCUGCAGGGCCCAGC